AAUACUACAACUCCUAAGGUACAACUGCUUAAUCGGUUGGUGCAACAUUGUGUUGAACGUCUAUUUGGAUUGACUUAUGUACUGCCACAAAAAUUACCUGAAAAAGAAACCUUACGAAAAGGCGAGUUUUGAAUUUGAUGUGCCUGCCAUUCCCUAACUAUAAAAAUUACAAAAAUAAAAUUAAGAUUUUUUUUAACAUUUAGGAUUUGGGGCACCAACUAUAUUUGUCGGAGGGACAGAGUUUUUCUGGACAUACACUUUGGGGGCAAAAUUAUAGAUUCAAUAGAUUCAAUAGAUAGAUUCAAUAGAGUGGUUAUCUUUGUUAGUGUUUAAAAAAAAGAUUGUUUGGUUUUCUACUUUUAAAAGUGUUCUGCAAGCCCUUACUCUGUUCCUGCGCUCCUUGAAUAGGUACUAAACAGGUACUGUAUUUAUACUGCACUUGUGUUUAGUUCUUUAUGUCUGUGGUAAAGUACUGUACAUACAUAAAAGAAUAGCUAUAUAUGUUACAGUUUUUGCAUAUAUCCACAUUUUUGUAGUUGGAAUGGUCCCAAUCCCUUUAAGUGCACCCAAAGUUGAGCUUAAAUCCCAAUUUAUACUCCAAAAAAAUGUACAUUAUUAUUAUCACAUUAUCACAAAGAUAAAGGCCACCUUGUGGAGGAACAACAAAACACUUGUUCUUGUAGUAACACUAAUUCCACUCACAAACCAAACCAAUAGAAAUUUGUUAGAUUUUUAUUUGAUGAUUGCAGGGGGUACUUUUGUACCAAACAUCAUUGAUAAAAAUGCGCAGUAUCUUAAAACAGUGUUCGCAAACCUUUUUAGUAUCAAGGACUAGUCGACGCUACUGGUACUAUUUCCCUCUCAUUGGUUGCGCGUCUAUUCUAGUUUGAAGCUGACCGUAGUUUUGUAAAAGCUGGAUGGAAUACUGGGCCAUCGUGGGGUAGCUUUGGAAGCAAAUUCCUUAGGGAUGAAUGGCAUUCCGACUCUACUCCUGUUUAUACAUCCAUGAAGCCAACGGACAUAGAUAUGGUUAAAUCUUGGUAAAAAUUGUUUCAAAAUUUCAAAAUAAAACAUUUUAGACUUAGACUUUGCCGUUUUUACUGCAGUAUGAAAGCUGUAUUAUUUUGAAAUCAAUUCUCUCUAAAUGAAAAAAAAGUAAAUGACUGAUUCUCUUUAAAUCACUGUGGCAUGCUGCGGUCCAGUACCAAAUGAGCCCCAGGCCACUAUUGGUCCGGGAGCCGGCGUUUGGGGACCCGUGACUUACAGGAUACAGUGCACUAUAUCCCAUCACAACGAAACCACUUGCACAUUCUUCUUUGUCGCUUGCGUGUGUUCAUCUCUAAAGACGCUUAACAUUGUGGUCACUGUCAAUAUCCCGCCAUAGCAAACAACGGCGCCAUAAUGCACCAUUCAAUAUAGUGUCACCGCGUUCUUUUCAUCUUAUUAAAAACAUUGUAAUUGGUUUAUGAGGUAUAUAUCCGUGGUUGUUAUUGUUUAUCGAUACCCGGCCGUGUAUUUUGGAGAGGAAUGGGUGUAGGAGGGGGGGAAAAAAGAGAGGAAGAUAAACAGAUAUGUGUGAGAGAGAUGAGAGGAGAGGGGCAGGCGCCGUAACGCUCCAUCAUGACGUUGUGAAAAGCUCAGGAGUGUAAGGGAGAGAAAAAGGGAGGGGAGGGUGGUGACCUGAAUAGCUACUCGGUGUCCGAUGGAGGAUGCGUUUCAAAUAAGUGCUUGUAUUUUUUAAUUUUUGAAUAUUUUUUUUUUUUUUGGUCAUUUACUUGGUUUUGCCACACCUUACCAUACUGAGAGAAGCUAUUAAGCGACAGGAAGAAAAAAAAAAAACAACCCCAAUACAAGCCAAAUCGCUGUUACCACACGGAGCGGUAAGCAUGUAUACAGCCAUAUUACCACCGUGAAACAGCCAUCCAUGUUUAUUUUAAUGAAAUAGCUGGAAACUGCCGAGCUUGUCAAGGAACACGGAGGACCAGAAUUAAUCCAGGCAAGGAAUCCAACCAUCCAGAGAUGGCACGACUUUUGAUGCUGAUUCUUCUUCAUGCCCUUCCAUCUGCUGUUGUGCCAAUACAAAAUUCAUCCACUAGCGGCUGUGCCAUAAUUCGGCCUCCCAGGUAUGGUGGGAUUCGCUACAGAGGAUUAACACAAGAACAGAUCCGCAGUGUGCAGAUCCUCCCUGUGGAUUAUGAGAUCGAGUACAUUUGCCGAGGAAAUCGUGUGAUAGUUGGACCCAAGGUCAGGAAGUGCUUGCCUGAUGGAACUUGGACGGACAUAAUGCAGCAAAGCAGAUGUUUGCUCCUGUGCCCAAGAGUGUGGAUAUCACUGGAAAAUGGUCAUGUUACAGCAAAUCCUCCUGGCCCUCCAGUGGAAGGGACGACCCUCCACUACAGCUGCCAUACUGGUUUUAACCUGGAGGGCAGAAACACCAGCCAUUGCACAAAACUGGGCAAGUGGGAUUCUCCGAAGCCUACUUGUCUCUAUGACAAAACGUACACAGGUAGGAUUUCUCUAAUUAUAUGCGGAGCACUGUUCCCCAUGAGUGGCGGCUGGCCAGGUGGACAGGCCUGCAUGCCCUCUGCUCAGAUGGCCUUGGACCUGGUCAACAACAGGAGCGACAUUCUGCCUGACUACGAGCUGGAGCUCAUCCACUAUGACAGCAUGUGUGACCCAGGGGAAGCCACCAAGUUGUUGUAUGACCUUCUGUAUACUGAGCCCAUCAAGAUAGUCCUAAUGCCUGGAUGCAGUGGCGUCUCAACACUUGUAGCUGAAGCCGCACGCAUGUGGAACCUCAUAGUGCUUUCCUAUGGCUCCAGCUCUCCAGCUUUAUCCAACCGCCAGCGUUUUCCUACCUUCUUUCGCACACAUCCGUCUGCCACACUCCACAACCCUACCCGAGUACAGCUAUUUCAAAGAUGGAAGUGGACUCGCAUCGCUACCAUCCAGCAAACCACUGAAGUUUUUACCUCGACUCUGGAUGAUCUGGAGCAGAGGGUAAAAGAGGCUGGUAUCGAGAUCAGUGUUCGCCAAAGUUUCCUUACUGACCCAGCUGUAGCUGUCAAGAACCUCAAGCGCCAGGAUGCAAGGAUCAUUGUAGGACUAUUUUAUGAGACCGAAGCCAGGAAAGUUUUUUGUGAGGUGUUCAAGGAGAAGCUCUAUGGCAAAAAGUAUGUCUGGUUCCUGAUCGGCUGGUAUGCAGACAACUGGUUCAAGAUCAAAGAUCCUGCAAUCAAUUGUACCAUAGAGAAUAUGACAGAAGCGGUAGAAGGACAUGUGACCACUGAGAUCGUCAUGUUAAAUCCUGAGACAGUCCGUGGUGUCUCCAAUAUGACAUCCCAAGAAUUUCUUUCUGCCUUGAUGUCUCGUCUGGGAGGAAUGAACCCCGAGGAGACUGGUGGCUUUCAGGAGGCUCCUUUGGCCUAUGAUGCAGUGUGGGCCUUGGCUCUUGCUCUCAAUAAGACUGUUGCUCCACUGAAGGCCAAGGGCCGACAUCUCGAGGACUUCAACUAUAACAAUAAUGAUAUAACGUCUGAGAUCUACCGUGCCCUUAACACAAGCUCGUUUGAAGGUGUCUCAGUAAGUAAGAAAAGGCCACCUUUUAAACCACCUUUUACUUAUCUGGAAUACCACUACUUGUCUUGUCUGCUCACCAAAGGAGGCAGUUACAAGAAGAUUGGUUACUAUGACAGUUCACAGAAGAAUCUCUCCUGGUUUGGCAAUGAUGUCUGGAUUGGCGCAGGACCUCCAGCCGAUCGGACUGUGGUAAUUGAGGAGUACCGUUUCUUGUCUCAAAAGCUGUUUGCCGCCGUAUCUGUCUUUGCUGGCCUCGGCAUCUUGCUUGGCAUCAUCUGCCUCACCUUUAAUAUCUACAAUGGCAAUGUUCGCUACAUCCAAAAUUCCCAGCCCUACCUCAACAAUAUGACAGCAGUUGGCUGCAUGAUGGCUCUGGCUGCGGUUUUUACUCUAGGAAUUGAUGGGCACCAUGUCCACAGAGCAUCAUUCCCUGUUGUCUGCCAGGUAGGCGCACGCAUGUACAAACACACACAUACAUACUGUAAACCCCUUUUGGCCGGGCUGACCAACCAAGAUAGAAGAGAAGACUUUUCUGGUAGAAAAUUAGAGAUAAGGAAUCAACACCUGGAGCCAUGGAAACUUUAUGUGACGGUUGGAAUUCUGCUGGCUGUUGACUUCCUGUCCCUCCUGGUUUGGCAGACCGUGGAUCCCCUGCACAUUACAGUUGAGAAAUUCACUAAGGAGGCCCCCAAAGAAGAUCUGGAUGUCCUGAUUCAGCCGUUGUUGGAGCAUUGCAACUCAGAAAAGAUGAACACAUGGCUUGGUGUGGUUUAUGGCUAUAAGGGUCUGCUGUUGCUACUUGGCAUAUUUUUGGCUUAUGAGACUAAGUCUGUGUCGACGGAGAAGAUCAAUGACCAUCGGGCAGUGGGAAUGGCCAUUUACAAUGUUGCUGUACUGUGUCUGAUCACCGCUCCGGUUACGAUGAUCCUGUCGUCGCAACAGGACGCUUCUUUCGCUUUUGCCUCUCUAGCAAUAGUGUUCUCCGCCUACAUCACCCUUGUGGUGCUUUUUGUACCGAAGAUGCGCCGUUUAAUAACCCGUGGUGAAUGGCAGUCGGAGCAACAGGACACUCUAAAGACUGGCUCAUCUACCAACAACAACGACGAGGAGAAAUCUCGACAGCUAGAAAGAGAGAACAUAGAGCUGCAGAAAAUCAUCCAAGAGAAAGAGGAAAGAGUAUCAGCACUUCGCACGCAGCUGGCUGAGCGACAUGCUGUACGUAACCGCAGAAGGCCCUCCAAAGGCCAGAACCACAUUGUCCCACCACCUUCAUCCCAUCAGGACCCCAAGUCGAUGCUUCCUCCACCUGGCUUCCCCAACACCGCCACAGACAAUUACUCCCUCCCCGCCUCUUUCUCCAACUCCUCCAAUCUCUAUCCGACUGAAAGCAAAAUGAGCCGCAACCACUGUCACAAUAGCCAAAUCCCACUGCUUUACAAAUAGGUGAAGCAUUUAUGGGGUUUAACCCUUUCAUGCAUGACGGUCACUACA